ACAACACGCACACGCACGAGCACCACUGCAGGCACGGAUUGGCGCCGAGAUGUACGAGCGAUUUUCAUCCAGAGCUUCGCGAGAAGAACGAAGUAAGGAAGUGAUCUAGCGUGCUUGGAGCUUGGGACUUUGUGCCUGCGGGUCACCACGGAAAGGUGAACGCAGGCUGCUGGAGCCAGUCCUACCUGUCGCCAAGUGGGAAGAGAUAUGGAUUUCAAGUUAUUUCUUCUGCUGACCAUGUGCGUCUUUGCCCGUGCAUUACCCAAUCAUUACCCUGGACAUGAUGUCAACAUUGCCAAUAAUGCAGCUGUUGAACUGGAGGCGAAGAGGUUGCAGACGCUGGAGCAUCUGGAGAGUGUUCUCAAGCAGAUGCACGCUUCAGACAGGCAGCAGCAGCAAGUCAAUGUCGCACAAGACAAUGAGGUACAAGAGACCAAAGCUGCCUCUGAUGCCACUGAUACGCUGAGCAUUGAUGAUGCCCUGAAGACAAACCAGGACCUCAGUGACACCGACCUGUCCGAGCUACUGAAGGCAGAUGAUGGUGCUGAAAAAGCCGCCGGAACUAACACUGCUGACGCUAAGCCAAGCGUACAAGAUAACAGUGCCGACCAUGUCAAUAGUGCCACAGGCAAACUCAGCAUUGAUGAGCCACAGAAGUCAAGCCAAGACAGUGAUACAGCUGACCUGCCCGGCGUAUUGAAGACGAGUGACUAUGAGUACGAAGCCGCCAAAACCAACAGUGCCAAAACCAAGCCAGGCAUGCAGGCCGCACAGGGAACAUUCAAGAUCAAGGACUCUCAGGACUCCCAGGCCUCUCAGGAUGGGGACAAAGAUCAGCAGCCCAUUGCCAAGAAUGCUGCUGUGCCCGCAACAAGUGAAGAUAACAGUAAUGUUGCUGAAGAUGAUGAUACUGACGACACUGAUGACACUGAUGACACUGAUGACAUUGAUGAUACUGAUGACACUGAUGACAUUGAUGAUACUGACGACACUGAUGACAUUGAUGGCAGUGCUGGUAAGGAGCAGCAAGUACACAGCGCAAACACACCCCCAGGUGAGGACACCGUAGUGAACGGGCAGCAGAAGGCCUUCGCCAGCCAGCUGACAGACACCGUUUUCAACCAUCUCAAUGACGGGCACAUAGCGUCCCCGAAAACGUUUGCCGACCAUGCAGUCGACUGGUCACAGUGGCCUCCGUUUCCCCCGUCAGGCUUGCACACUGCAGUCCGGCAAAGGAUGGGGCCUCGGCCUCCCCCUCCAGGCUUGCACACUGCAGUCCGGCAAAGGAUGGGGCCUCGGCCUCCCCCUCCAGGCUUGCACACUGCAGUCCGGCAAAGGAUGGGGCCUCGGCCUCCCCCUCCAGGCUUGCACACUGCAGUCCGGCAAAGGAUGGGGCCUCGGCCUCCCCCUCCAGGCUUGCACACUGCAGUCCGGCAAAGGAUGGGGCAUCCGCCAGGAAAGAGAGGUUUGCACACUGCAGUCCAAAGGAUGUGGCCUCCGCGUGCAAGGCCAGGUUACACUGCAAACGAAUGGCGGCGGCCUCCCGGAACAGGUUUGCACACUGCAAACGAAUGGCGGCGGCCUCCCGGAGUAGGUUUGUACACUGCAAACGAAUGGCGGAAGCCUCCCGGAGUAGGUUUGCACACUGCAAACGAAUGGCGGCGGCCUCCCGGAACAGGUUUGCACACUGCAAACGAAUGGCGGCGGCCUCCCGGAGCAGGUUUGCACACUGCAGGCUCCCUCCAACGCCCUGGUAUGAACAGUGCAGACGGUGGUCUCCCAUAUGGGCCAUCGCCACGAACCCGGUCACGUGUGAACACUCAGCUAGACUUUCAUCGCCCAUUGCCGCUCCGUGUGAAAACCGCAGAUGUAGAUACUCCAGGUGUAAACACUGCUGAAAAUCGUCGAGGAGGGGACCGAGGUGUGAGCACUGCAGACGCACCGGUAGGCAUGCCUGGUGUGAACACUGCAGACGCACCGGUAGGGGGGCGGCCUGGUGUAAAUGCUGCUGCAGUAGGUAUGCCCGGUGGAGUAAGUAUGCAUGGUGGAGCUGGAGUAGGUUUCCCAGGUAUUAACACUGCAGACGUUGGCAUGCCUGGUGUGAACGCUGCAGACGUUGGCAUGCCUGGUGUGAACGCUGCAGACGUUGGCAUGCCUGGUGUGAACGCUGCAGACGUAGGCAUGCCUGGUGUGAACGCUGCAGACGUAGGCAUGCCUGGUGUGAACGCUGCAGACGUAGGCAUGCCUGGUGUGAACGCUGCAGACGUAGGCAUGCCUGGUGUGAACGCUGCAGACGUAGGCAUGCCUGGUGUGAACGCUGCAGACGUAGGCAUGAAGGGUGUGAAAGCUGCAGACGUGGAUCACCUAGGAAACACGGAGCACAUGGUCGCACCUUUGUCUGCAGGCAAGCCCAUUCACACCAAUGCACGCGAAGAAGCUGCGCCUGAGGGAUUACAACAAAACGAGCAAGGUUCCCAAAAGGACAUGGUGGCAACUCAUGAGAAAUUCAUCCAAAUGCUCGCCGAGUCCAUUUACCAGCGCAUCAAGGCCGAACAGCCCCUCAACAAAGCCGACCAUUCUAGUGACGCCGCUGAGCAAAGCAGUAAAGCGAACGUUGCUGCACCAGCCCCGAGCAAGCAGCAGCAGCUAAUGGAUGCUGACUCCAUGCAGCAGCAGCAGCAGCAGGCUGUCAAUGUUGCUGAGGCGGAUCAGAAGACUGUGUCGGCCCAUGACCAGAAUACUCAAGACUUGCUGGCUGAUCUCACAUGGUGAGACCUGCAGAUGAAGUACAGUCUGCAAGUUGCCAACGGGAGGAUUGUGCCAGUGGCUGUGAACUGAGGAGGCCAGUUACUCACAAACGCAAUGUUUGCAUGUUCUGUCGAUUGUCCCUGAUAUUGAAAUCGCACGUUCCCAAGUCUCUACAAUUUCAAAAAUGAAUGCCUCCACAUAACACUCUCUCCAUUCUAUAAUGCAUUCAUCCCAUGUGCUUGCAGUUCUGUUCGCGUAAGCUCUUACUCUUAGAUAAAGUAGUGUACUCUCUGCAGACAGUAUUCCUCACAUUUUACUUUCAAGUCGUGCACUAACGCUCUCUUUCUUUCAUUUCCUUUACUUUAGAAUAGGAUUAGAAUUUAGAAUCUUUAUCAAGCCAUUAAUUAAAACCAUCAAACCAUCAUGCAGCA